ACAAUCGAUAGUGCCAUCGAAGUUCUCACAGCUCUAGUACAGAUUUAGUACAUAAAAUCAAAAUUCGUAGUUUUUAACCAGAAGCAAUUGCUCGAAGCACUUUUGCCUCCUGUUUGCAACAACAACAAUAAACAGAACAGAAAAGCAGAAGAACCGUAACAGCCAUGGAGCACAUCGAUGAGCCACCGCCGCUCUCCGAGGAGAGCAACAGUAACAACAGCAGCGCCAGCAGCAGCUCUCACCAUCUGUCUCAGUCGGGAGCCGUGGGAGCAGCGCCCUCUUCAUCCGAGUCUCAGCCCCAGUCGCACUCUCAUUCGCAUUCGCCCACUCCCCCGGCCGCCGUCCCCCUUCCCCUGGAUAUCCCAUUGAAUGAGCAUUCACCGCAUGAUCACUCACACUCACCCACUCCUCCUGAUCUCCGCCAGACCGCACCGGCACCACCACAGCAACAGCCAUCCACGACUCCUCCAUCGACGGCACCACAGCGGGAGCGAGAGCAGCAUUCGGAGGAGGAGCAGCCACCGCCUGUGUUGGAGGAUCAGCAGCAGCAUCCGGCCCUACAGUUGCAGGAUCAACAGGUGCAGCAGGAGUUGCCGGAUCAACCCUUCCAGGAUCACGAGCAGCAACAACAACAGCACCUGCACCAGCAGCAGUUACCGGCAGAGGAGCAGGAUCGUCAAGGGCAGGAGCCGUACCCAGAUCAGCCGCAGCCGGCUCAAGACGCUUCUCUGAAUGAGGAUCAAUCGGCGAGGGAAGCUCAACUACUUCAGGUCCAACCGGAUCCCAUAGCCGAAGCAGAAGCCGAACCUCUCCUCCUCGAAGACGUGGACGAGCAGGAGGACUCAGAGUCUCAGGAGCUGCCAGGACCGCCGCCGCCGCCGCCUGUCGGGAUCAUUGACGAGAACUUAGAGGUCAACGCCGUGGAGCGCAUCGACGACUCCGACGAGGAGGAAGACGAGGUCGUGGAGGACGAAGACGACGCUGAGGUUGUAAUCGAAAGCGUCCAGAUAGUGGGCAGGGAGUUUGCCUCCCCCUCCGCCUAUAUUCGGGCCCUGCGCCUGCACUCACGUCACUCGUCGAGAGUUGCACCACUGCCCCAGCUGGUCCGGGCGCCACGAACCGCCAGCAACGAUACCAACAACAACACCAACAACAACAAUAACAGUAGUAACAACAGCAGUGGCAAUUCGCGACGCACUCGCCACUUUUACAGCAACAACGGCAGUCACUUCAGCAACGACAUGUUUCCCAGCCACGCCCCCCGGACCAGUGCCCAGGGCUCGCCCCGGGUGGGCAGCGGAGGACGUCGCAGCCAGCACUCGGCCCGCACUGCCGCCUCCAAUUCGCCGCAACACCAGGGCGUUGAUCCCUUGAGACUGCUGUAUCCCAAUGUCAACGAGAGCGAGACUCCGCUGCCGCGGUGCUGGAGUCCGCACGACAAGUGCUUGUCCAUCGGACUGUCGCAGAAUAACCUGAGGGUUACAUACAAGGGGGUAGGGAAGCAGCACAGCGAUGCUGCCUCCGUGCGCACCGCCUACCCGAUCCCGUCCUCCUGCGGACUGUACUACUUCGAGGUGCGGAUUAUCUCCAAGGGACGGAACGGUUACAUGGGCAUCGGCCUGACCGCCCAGCAGUUCCGAAUGAACCGCUUGCCAGGUUGGGACAAGCAAUCGUAUGGCUAUCACGGCGACGACGGCAACUCAUUCAGCUCCUCCGGGAACGGACAGACAUACGGGCCCACCUUCACUACCGGCGACGUUAUCGGCUGCUGCGUCAAUUUUGUGAACAACACAUGCUUCUACACGAAGAACGGCGUGGAUCUGGGCAUCGCAUUUCGGGACUUGCCGACCAAGCUUUAUCCAACUGUGGGCCUGCAGACGCCCGGCGAGGAGGUGGACGCCAAUUUUGGCCAGGAGCCCUUCAAGUUCGACAAGAUUGUGGAAAUGAUGAAGGAGAUGCGCUCGAGUGUACUGCGCAAGAUUGACAGGUACCCGCACCUGCUGGAAACCCCGGAGAACCUAAUGAAUCGAUUGGUCUCCACCUAUCUGGUGCACAAUGGCUACAGCAAGACCGCCGAGGCCUUUAAUGGCUACACAAACCAGCCCUUCGACGAGGAUCUCUCCUCCAUUAAGACGCGUCAAAAGAUCAUCAAGCUAAUACUAACAGGGAAAAUGAGCCAGGCCAUUGAGCACACCCUGCGGUCCUAUCCCGGGCUUUUGGAGAACAAUAAGAACCUCUGGUUCGCCUUGAAGUGCCGCCAAUUCAUCGAGAUGAUCAACGGAGCCGACGUUGAGAAUGCCAAUAACAAAGUCACCGCCACCACACAGACCAUGCCAACGAAUCAGACGUCUGUGAUACAGUCCACCAAGGCGUUCAAGCACAGCAAGAGCGGAAAUGGCAAUGGUAACGGAAACAUUAAUCAGUCAUCACAACAGCAACCGAACAACACUGCGACUCCAGCUGUGAUAAAGCCACAAGUGGGCGACAAGGCAGAUACGAAAAGCAUGCUGGUUGACGACAACUCCAACAAGUGCUUGGAGCAUGACAGCAACAGCAUGGACGUCGAAAUGGAACCCUGCCAGAGUCAUUCGAACGGCGGCGGCGACUCCAACUCCUGCUCCAAUGGCAAUGCCAGCGCCGUUCGCAACUCUCUAGAUGCCAUCGACGAGGAAAUGGACGUAGACGUUUCACCCUCGUCGCGCAGCGGUGGCCGUGUGAUCGAGAAGAUUCUGGAGUUUGGAAAGGAACUGUCCAGCAUGGGCCAGCAGCUUGAGAAGGAGAACCUCAUGACGGAGGAAGAGCGUCAAAUGUUGGAGGAUGCAUUUAGCUUGAUUGCCUACUCAAAUCCGUGGUCCAGUCCCUUGGGCUGGCUGCUGUGUCCCUCGCGUCGGUGGAACAUCUCCACCACUCUCAACUCGGCCAUAUUGGAGUCACUUAACUUCGAGCGCCGUCCACCGCUGGAGUAUCUGGUGGCUCACGCCUCUGAGCUAAUCAAGAUCAUCGGACAGCACUCGCUGGGCGAGGAUGCUUUCAUUACCAUCGACGACGUGUUCCCGCAAAAUUGACCCAGU